AUGCAGAAAGAAGUGAUUCUGUUCUCUCUCUCUCUUUUUGUUUAGAUAUUAAGAAGAGCAGACAAGAAUGAUGAUGGAAAACUGUCCUUUGAUGAAUUCAAAGCUUACUUUGCUGACGGAGUUCUGAGUGGAGAAGAACUGCAUGAACUUUUUCACACAAUUGAUACACAAAAUACUGACAAUCUUGACACAGAAGAGCUCUGCGAAUAUUUUUCCCAGCACUUAGGAGAGUAUGAAAAUGUUCUGUCUGUCUUGGAAGACUUAAACAUAACCGUACUGAAGGCAAUGAACAAAACCAAGAAAGACUAUCAGGAAGCUUCUAAUUUGGAGCAGUUUGUGACUCGCUUCCUUUUGAAGGAAACACUGAACCAGCUUCAGUCUCUCCAGAGCUCCCUGGAGUGUGCCAUGGAAACCACAGAGGAGCAGAGCCGGCAGGAGAGACAAGGCCCAACAAAACCAGAAGUGCUCUCCGUUCAAUGGCCAGGAAAACGCUCAGCUCGAAGGCUUCAGAAGAACAGUCUGUUGCCAAGUAGCCCUCAUUUUAACACAGGUUGGACUGAGGAAGACAGCCAGUGGAUGACCCAGAUAAACAGACUCCAAAAGCUGAUUGACAGGCUGGAAAAGAAGGACCUAAAGCUUGAGCCAUUUGAAGAGGAAGUUUUGGAAGAAAAUGCAAAAUCUCACAUACUGAUUGUUCAACGUCAAAUGUCUGUGAUAGAAGAAGGAGUGGAGGAAUUCCGGCUUGCUUUGAAGCAGUACGUGGAAUCCGCUUCUUCUCAGGGUGGUUGCUUGCAUGUUUCCAUACAGAAGCUUCCAAGUGAUUCCCGCUUCAUUGUUUAUGAGUUCUGGGAGAACAGCAAUGCCUGGAAUAGCCACCUUCAGAUGAAUUACAGCAAGACAUUCCAAAGAAGUAACGUGGACUUCUUGGAAACUCCAGAGCUCGUCACAACAAUGCUAGUCCCUGCAUCGUGGUGGGUCCUCAAUAACAACUAGAAGCUGUUGUGGUCCCCAGUGAUGUUGAUGUGACAUUGUCUUUCAUUAGAACAACGUUUGCAAGCAGAGGACAGGUGUGCUGGGUUAAGAAUUGAUGAGGUGAUCCUGUUUGUUGUUGUGGAUGUGGUAUUUUCCAUUCUAAAAUACAGAAACCUGCACAUUUAUGACCUUCCCUUCUCCAGUGAAACGAUGCAUUCUAAAAAGCUGAAACGAGACAACCACGCUGAACUGUUUAUUGCUGUAUGUUCAGUAUAUUCAGCCCAAACUGCCACAGAAAAGUGCAUCUUGAUUGGUAUGACUAAAUAUUUG